GGGAGCAGAGAGAGGGAGCUGGUGUCUUCUUUGCGAGCGUUUACAUCAGCAUCCUUUCAGAAGAAUCCCUGCCGCCACAGCUGUAGUCAUCCAGGGAGAAAGGAUGCACAGGCAGACCAGGGGACGGGGGAGAAAAAGAGGCCGGCUCUUACCGUGGGAAGUGCCUCAGCAUCAUUUAUAAGGAUUGGAUGUGACUGAUUGCAGAUAGGAUUUUCUGAACCAACAGGAAUCAUAAAGCCUGAACCUCCUGACGAUCUCUCCAUCAUCAUCUGAGCUACAAGGAAACCUUCAGUUUCGUUCUUCAGCCACUGUUUUUUUCUUGUUUUUUUUUUUUGGCUGCACUUCCUGGCUUUGAAGGAUGGGUGAUGGGCCUGUGACUGACCCUGCCCGCCUGCCUCAUCCCGUCCUUCGAUGGAGCCGAUGUGGAACUCCUCCCAAACACCUCCUCAGCCCUCUUCCAACACGUCUGCCUCCUCUCUGUCCGAGGGCUGGGCCCUGUCCCAGUCACUAGCCCUGCUAGCAAUGCUGCUCAUGGACCUCCUGGCUGUGGUGGGCAAYGUGGCUGUCAUGGCAGUCAUCGCGAAGGCCCCCCAGCUCCACAAAUUUGCCUUUGUCUUCCACCUGUGCGUGGUGGACCUGCUGGCGGCCCUGGUGCUGAUGCCGCUCGGCAUGCUCUCUGGCCGAGCGUUUUUCGGGGAGGCUUUGUGCAGGAGCUACCUCUUUCUCAGCGUGUGCCUGGUCAGUGCUGCCAUUCUGUCCAUCUCAGUCAUCAACGUGGAGCGGUACUACUACAUCAUCCAUCCCAUGCGYUACGAAGUGAAGAUGACCGUCGGCCUGGUGGCCUCGGUCUUAGUGGGGAUAUGGGUCAAAGCUCUGGCCAUGUCGGCUCUGCCGCUGCUCGCCUGGUUCCUACAAAGCGGCAGGACUCCUCUGCUGGAAGGUAGCGGCGUCGGGGGAGGAGGCGGAGGGGCCAUCCCAUCACCCCCGGCUCAGGGUCACAGGCGCUGCUCGUUGCACUGGACUGGGGGAGGGUCAAACCGCUUAGCCUUCAUGGUCCUCUUCACUCUGGUGUACUUCCUGUGUCCGCUGCUGGUCAUCCUCGUCGUGUACUGCAACAUGUUCAAAGUUGCUCGUGUAGCCGCCAUGCACCACGGGCCGCUUCCCACGUGGAUGGAAACGCCCCGUCGCCAGAGGUCCGARUCCCUCAGCAGCCGAUCCACUAUGGUUACCAGCUCUGGGACGGGUACCGGGACUGACAGAGCCACUCCGCAGCGACCCUUCGGGGGUGGCAAGGCCGCAGCAGUGCUCGCCGCUGUAGGUGGGCAGUUUCUCUGCUGCUGGCUCCCCUACUUCACUUUCCACUUGUAUUCAGCACUGGCUGCCAGCCCGCCUGCCACACUGGCCUCCCUGGAGGAGGUGGUCACCUGGAUCGGCUACUUCUGCUUCACCUCUAACCCCUUCUUCUACGGCUGCUUGAACAGGCAGAUCCGYGAGGAGCUGGGCAAGCAUCUGCCCUGCUUGUUUCGCCGAGCCGGGGUCGAGGUGGAGGACAGGCUGCCGAGCCGCGAGGGAUCCAUCGAGGAGAACUUCCUUCAGUUUCUUCAGGGCACCGGCUGCAAUUUGGAUCCUCCGAACUCUCGCAGCACUUCCAGUCCCAAGGGCGAAGCUUGCUGCCCCGUGGCUCAGUGCCAGCCAGCUGAGACAGCGCAGCCCAUUCCCAUUGAUUUCCGUAUCCCUGGACAAAUAGCAGAGGAGACUUCAGAGUUUAUUGAGAUCGAACAGGCGAMAAACAACCACAUAUAUACGGAAAAUUAACUUUAACUCCGAAAACUACCUUGGAGGACAUAUAGUGUUUCAGGAAACAUGUUUUCCCACUUCUGAUAAAAGUUGUCAAUAAAAUAUUUCUGCAUCCUAAGUUUCGGCUCAUGAAACACMUGAAGGCCCUUUAGAUGCACUUCAAACGCUGCGUAAGAAAAGGGAAAUUACCAUGAGGUUGAGAAUUUGCUGCAUUUUGGUUUUCACUCAGUCAAUGAAGUUAAUUUGUCAUUUAAAAAACAAAGAACAUAAUUUUUCAAUUAGAUUUUUUGAUUUAAAACUUUUACUUACUUGUAAUUAACAAAUGAGGUAUCACCUGCUGAAAAAUACUCAAAACUUUAUUCCACAGGUUUGUUUUGUGAUUGAAUUUAUGUUUUUUUUUUCUUAAGGGACAAUUGUCUUUCCAUGUCCGACAAGUGGGCAAGUUAAYCAUUAUUAAGAAAAAGGUUUUAGUUUUAGAGAUAACAGCAAUAAAAUACACAGAAUAAUUAGACUUGUUUGGCUUUCAUUAGCUGACUGAUAGUUUCCCGUUUAAAGCAGUGUGAUAAUAAAACAUCAGGAGGUGUACAUACUGAGGUCUCUCAUAAUACUUAUUUUACAAAUACAGAUUUUCUAACAUGUUUUUUUCUUCAUUAGCAAAAAAAUAAAUGAAAUAAAAAAACAGCUGAGAUCUGAUGUCUUAGCUUAUAACUCAGUUUCAGGGUCAACAAACUUUCGGCCAUUCAGUGUAUUUUGAUAUGAAUCAUAAAAGCAGUGUUCUCUGGAGGCGCAACUACAAACUCAAAUCUAUUCCUUUCACUGUUUUUUGUGAUAAACUGUAUGUUAUUAUUAUUAUUUUUUUUUUAGCAAAGCUGUAAGUUAAUGUUAUGUAUGCUGGCGUGYGAAUUUUAGUUUUCUGUCGGUGAAUCUAAGCAUUGGUUCCUGCAGUAUGUUUCAAACAAGGAUGCAGUAUUUGCCUUUUAUUGUUGUUUUGAACCUAGUCUGAAAGAAAAAUACAGAUAUUUUCCUUGGACUACCCUUCUCAUCAGGGUUUUACUGCACAUCGGUGCUGUAAGAAAAUGACAUUCUAUUGUCAUGUGUUUUUCUGUCAGGUAUAAUUUCUGCACAUUCUGUUAAUAUUGUAAGGAAGGGAAAAAACGCAGACAGAAGCAGGGAGAGCAAACUUUAAGUUUUUUUUAGCUUGAUGAUGUGUUGAAGUGGUAUUUUAUUUCCAGUUGUUGAGAAUACAAAAGACAAAACACGCAGACACGUCUGAAUGACACGGACCGUUUUUUUUUCAUAUGUUCUGUGGAAACAGGAAUUUGAAGAUACGUUUUUCUCAGAGGGUGUUUUAGUGACGGCGCCAAUCAUAAAAAACCAACAGCUUGCUGAACUUCUUCUCAUCACGACUAAACAUCCCGAACUGUGAAUGAUGUGUUAGGAUAUGUUCAAAGAUCAUUUUUCUGCUGUGAUUUUAGAAAAAAAACAUUUUUUUUCACUGUUUGGCAGUGAUUUGAAUGUGUUUUCUUCUUUUUGGGUGGGGUACGGCCAAAAACUUGAGUGAGAUGCUGUUGUAAUAAAGAAUUUCUAUGUUUGUAAAACA